AUGUUACAAUGGUUAAAUAUUUUAAAGAGUUUUAAAAGAGUUCGAAGACCUAAUCAUAUUGUAACGAAAAUUAACGUUCUAGAAUUUUUUGUUUUUUGGGAUAAAAACACCAGUAGACAUAAAUUAUUGAAGAAAAUUUGUGCCAGUAGAAACUUAAACAGUGCAAACAAUGCUCUCAGUUAUCAGAUAAAUGCUGGCAAACUUUAUUCAAAGUCUUCAAAGUUUUUCUCUGCGAAAAGAAUGCAAAUUGCAAUAGAGCAUAUCUGUGAUCCAGAUCUAUUUGAAGGAGAUAUGGUGGUGGAUGAAAAGCAAAAACAGGAAAUUCUAACGAAGACAAAUUCAUUUGCAGCAGUGAGAGGACAUGGUAGAACAUGGCCAUUUGGUAUCGUGUGGUAUGAAUUAACACCAGAAAUAGGUACUGUGCUUCUGCAUCAAUGUCUUGGUAAAAAUAACUUCAACUUUGAACAACAAUGGAGUGACAUUCAUAUCACAUUGACCCAGGAUAGCUUCUUAGUUGCUAUUGGUACUGUUAUCAACGAGGGCCCUAACAAUAGCGAAGCAAAAAAAGGAGUAAUGGAAGCUAUCGCGAUGUUUCAAAAAUAUACAUGCGUUGUGUUUCACGAUAGAUGGAGGUAUCCACACAAUCUGUAUCACGGAUACAUCUCUUUCCAAAAGGGAAAAGGAGGAUGCAGUUCUGAAGUUGGAUAUAAAGGAAAAGGAAAGAAACAUGUUAUCUCGUUAGGAGCUGGAUGCUAUUACAAUAUAACUGUAAUGCAUCAGAUUAUGCAUGUUUUAGGCUUUUAUCAUGAGCACAAUCGACCAGACAGAGAUAAUUAUGUCACGAUCAAUUGGAAAAAUAUUAUGAAGGGCUAUCAUGACAAAUUCAACAAAAGAUCCAUCAAAGAUGUCGACUCAAGAAAAGUUCCAUAUGACCUGCGUUCAAUAAUGCAUUGUGCAUGGAAUGCUUUUGGUUGGACACUUGGAGAUCUUACCAUAGAAACAAAAGAUCCUUUAGAUAAAUAUGAAAUCGGACAGCGGGCUCAUCUUUCGGUCUCGGAUCAAUAUCAGAUUAACAAAAUGUAUUAUUGCACGCAAAUUGACAAUUUCCCGACCCCCGGUCCAAAGCCAUACACAAGACCACCGCAAGAUUGUCAAGACCUUCGCCAGGAUUGUGACUACAUGGCCAAACAACUGAAUCGUUGUAAAAAUGAUUGGAAAUUUACAAUGUAUUACUGGUGUAAGCGUGCUUGUGGUUUUUGUAAAUCUCCGCCGAUAAAGAAAAAAUUGAUCCAAAGUUAA